AUGUUGGAAGGCUUCGAUCCCUUCACCAUCACAACGCAGGAUGAGCCGCAUGUCUCAAUCUUCGGCAUCAGAAGUGGCGAUGCGUCGUCAUCCAAACGGCCGCCGCUGUUACUCCUUCACGGCUUCCCGCAGACGCACCGCAUCUGGCACCGCGUGGCAGCACAGGUCAAAGACAAGUACAACAUUGUCAUGAUUGACUUGCGCGGAUACGGAAAUUCGUCCAAGCCGGCGGAUGUAUCGCAAUAUGUGAAAAGCCUCAUGGCUCUCGAUUGCGUCAAGGUGAUGGACGAGCUUGGGAUCACAGAGCCAUUCUUCAUUUGCGCUCACGACCGCGGCGCAAGAGUUGCCCACAGGCUGUGCGUCAAUCACCCUGAUCGCGUGCGCAAGGCCAUAUUCUUGGAUAUAUGCCCUACCCUUGCAAUGUAUUCGGUCAAGGAUCCCAAUUUUGCCAAGUCCUACUGGCAUUGGUUCUUCCUGAUCCAGAGGGAGCCACUGCCCGAGACGCUCAUAUCGACAAACGCCCGGCGGUUUGCGGAAUUGUUCAUGGGAGGCCGACAGAAGAGCGGGCUCGAAAUCUUUGAGAAAGAGAGCCUGGCGGCCUAUGUUUCGAAUCUCGAGGACCCCGCGACGAUCCAUUCCAUGUGUCAGGAUUACCGAGCAAGCGCUACACUCGACUUGGAUGCAGCGCAGGAAGAUGCAAAGCAAGGGAAAUUGCUUCAAAACCCGUUGAGAGUCAUAUGGGCGAGGCAUGGUGUCAUUGGCAAGUGUUUUGAUGCCGUGCAGGAAUGGAAGGCUGCUAGCAAUGCUUGGGUUGAUGGUCAUGAUGUUGAUUCGGGGCAUUACAUCCCGGAGGACGUGCCGGAUGAAGUUGUAUCUAACAUCCUGGACUUUCUACAUUAA